UCCCCCCCUCUCUUUCCAUGGCCUUCACUUUUACCAAUCCCCUUGUUUGUUUGGUUCACAUGGGUAUGGGAGGAGCUUAUAGGAGAGAGAGAGAGAGAGAAAAAAAAGAGACAAGUACUGUAGUGGGAGAAAGCAAUUCUACUGAGCAUCCCCACUACAAGCUCCUCUCCCAAUAAAAACCACACCCCCAUCUCUCUUCUUCCUCUUCUUCCUCUUCUUCUUCUUCCUCCUCUAAUUUGUCAUUGUUUCCCCUCACAGUUUGUUUUAGGUGAUGAUGGAUGAUUAUGAAGCAACAAGAAUUGUAUACUCAAGGCUUCAAAAUCUUGACCCUGAAAAUGCUUCAAAGAUCAUGGGGCUUCUUCUUCUUCAAGACCAAAGUGAAAAAGAAAUGAUUAGAUUAGCUUUUGGCCCUGAACCUUUACUCCAUUCCAUCAUUCUCAAAGCUAGGAAUGAAUUGAACUUCAACCCAUCGUCUGUUUCUUCUUCUUCUUCUUCUUCUUCAUCAUCAUCAUCAUCUUCUUCUUUAAGGCAUAAACUCAAUCUCCCAUCUCUUGAAAUUCCACUUCCAAAUCAUUCUUUUCCAAACCCAGAUGAUGAAUUUCUCAUCACACCCACCAAUAACAACAAUAAUCCCAAACCUUUUUACAACACCAAUGGAGGAGGAGUUGGAGUAGGAGGUGAUUUUGUGGAUGAGUUUCAGUUUCAAGAUCAUCAGCAUCAGCAUCAGCAUCAGCAUCAGCAUCAUCAUCAGCAUCAACAUCAUCUCUCUUUCCUUACAGAUUGCUCUGUAAAUGAGAACCCAGAUUUCUUCUACCCUGCCCCGGCAAGUCCUGUCGGCGGAAAUUGGGCGGAGGAGGGGGGUUUGGGGCUUGGAUGGAGGCCGUGUCUUUACUAUGCUAAAGGGUUUUGUAAGAAUGGAAGUGGGUGUAGGUUUUUUCACUCCGGUGACGGUGGAAGGGCGGAGAUAGUUGAAGAGUGUAAUGAUGUGGUUCUUCUGCGGUCGAAUUCCGGUGUGCAGCAGAGAAUGGGAGUGGGAUCUGUUAAUGGUUUUUUUCCUUAUUCGCCGACAACGGCUUCUGAAUUGCUUCUUCAACAGCAGCAAAACGAAAUGCGAAGGGCGGUGGCGGGUUUAUCGAUGGGGGAGGAAUCGAACAACUCAGGGAGAUUCCGGCUAGAAAGAAGUGAUUUUUCGGGCGGAGGAAUGGGGAAUCCGGCAGCCAGACAAAUUUACUUAACAUUCCCAGCAGAAAGCUGUUUCAAAGAGGAAGAUGUGUCUAAAUAUUUCAGUAUUUAUGGACCAGUUCAAGACGUGAGAAUCCCAUAUCAGCAAAAGAGGAUGUUUGGAUUCGUAACUUUUGUAUAUGCGGAAACGGUUAAGCUUAUCUUGGCUAAGGGGAACCCUCAUUUUGUAUGUGAUUCUCGUGUUCUAGUUAAGCCUUACAAGGAGAAGGGCAAAGUCCCUGACAAGUUCAGGAAACAACAACAAAUGGAAAGGGGAGACCUCUCACCAUGUGGUACUCCUACUGGUCUUGAUUCUAGAGAUCUUCAUGAUCUCCAUCAUGGUGCAAGAAUGUAUUACAACAGUCAAGACAUGCUGUGGAGGAGGAAACUAGAGGAACAAGCUGAUUUGCAACAAGCUCUUGAACUUCAAGCUUUAAGAGUAAUGAGUUUGCAACUAGCUGAUGUCAGAAAACCUCUCCAUCAUCACACUCCUCUUUCAACAUGUAGCCCUAUUCCUUCUCCUAAUCCCUUCAAUCAAACUCUUUUCCAUUCAAUUCCUACCAACUCACAACUUCUCCAAGAGAACGGGUCAAACCAUUUGCCCGAGAUUCGUGUCGAGCCUCAAGUGAUGAACAAUUUUGAUUUGACAGCUGAUAGUGAUAGUAGCAAUGGCAAGGAAACUGACUUGCAAGAAACUAGUUUGGAGCAUAAUCUUCCUGACAGUCCCUUCGCCUCUGCUUCUUACACACCAAGCGUUGUUGAGGCUGACGAAUCAGAUGCCUCGACUGACAAUCAUUCUGCGGCUUCGUCCUUCGUUCCAACAUCGAACCUUACUGCACCACCCUUCAAAUCUUUCAACUGCCAGUACUCUUCUGGCCAUGGAGCCAUUGGAUUGUAUGCAAACACGGGCGGACCGACGUGCAGAGUCGUAAUUUAGCUUCCCCCUUAGCUCAUCAUAAAUUUGAAGAAGUGUUGCCAUAAUCACCAAAGGACCUGAGAAUCACCAUAACAAUAGUGUUUAUUUAAAAUAACAAAAAAUCAUAGGUAUGUUAAAGUCUCUAGAUGGAGCCACUGAACGAAGUUCUCGAUAAAAAGAAAACUCUUGCUGUCUGUUAGAGUUGGCGUUCUUUCGUUCAGUUCAUCCCGGGAAGUCUCCUGACAAAUGUGAAAAUGGGAGGUCAUUCUUCUAUGAAGAUUGUUGUUCUAGUAGCAGUAGGAGUAAGCUAGUUUUAGCUUUCAAUUUAAUUAGUGUUAGUUGAAGUGAAGACAAAAGUAAAAGAGAAGAAACAGUAAAAGAAGUGUAAAAUGGCAAAGAGAGACAUUGGAUUGAAUUGUAGUUUUGGCUGGUUUGGGCAUUGUAAUUCUCUUGCCAAUGUAAAUCUUACAAGCGGAAUUUCAAGAAAGCCAGCAUGUUCAAAGUUCAGUCUUCUUUGUAUAUCAAAACGUGUUGAUGAUUAAAUGAUAAUAGUCCUUUUUAUAUAUUCCUCAAUUGAAA